AUGAAAAAUUAUUUCAAAAGUUACUCUACUAAGAGAAAGGUAGACAAAGACGAAUCUAAGAAGGAUGAAAAUUUGGGAAGCUCUUUGAGCCAUCAUGAUGAAAUGAAGGACAAACCAAGCACAAAAAGUUUUUCUCGUGAUAAUCUGUAUUUGGAGGAUAAAAUGAAAGAACUAGAUAGCAUUCUACGUGCAAACGAUAAUUAUUCACAAAAGAAACCUGGUAAAAGCAAGCUAAACACCCGUUCAGUACUUUCGCCAAAAGAUUUGAACAUACAAAGCAAAGUUAAUAAAAAUUCCCUAACGUUUCUUAAAUCAGACUUCUCUUUGCCAGCAAUUGAGGAUCCUUCAAUGAGCAACGGCAAUUUAAGUACCGAUAAGCAAAGGAUCGAUUCAGGAAGUGUAAAAAAUAAAAGCAAAAAAGAUCUUUUAUCCUGCACACAACCAUCCUUGUUUCAGCCAAAUUACCUUGGUUCGAACGAUCAACGCCGGCCCUAUUCGAGUUUACAUUUGUUUGGAAAUUCGAUCGCCGAUUCAAAAGACGAAAAUUCAAAUUCUUUAUUUAACUCUAAUUCAUUUUGUAUAACUUCUACGCCCGUUGCCUCGCGAAAGAAGAACCCUUCGAUUUUGCAAUACAAUUCAGUGUCACCUACACAAUCCACUUCGGAAGAAGAUCAUUCUAUGGAAAAGUAUGCGCUUCGAAUUCGUGAGCUUGAGCGAAUGUUAAAUGAUGAAAGACAUCUCAAUGCAAACCAUGAAAAAGUCAUCGCGGAGAUGAAGGUGCAUCUAAAGGCGCUUCGGAAUGAUUUUCAGUUUGCAAAAAAGCUUUUUAUGAACGCUCUUGCCGAGCAUCAAGAAAUGAUCAACAAUAACUUUAGAAAUUGUCGAGUACAAUCCUCUCGUUUGACCCAACAUUAG